CUAAUUUUCUUCAUAGACAAUUUACGAUUGAGCACCUAAUGUACAUAUUUAAUUUAUUUAUUUUAUCUCGGAGCUGAAGAAAUGAAGUAUUUACGUGUUUCCAAGGACAUUGCAAAAUAUGUCAACUGAAUCCACCUGCCAUUUGGCUGGAAUAUUGGAAAUAUUCGCUUCGAAUUCCAUAUUUAAGCAAUACGAGAUAAUGUUCAAAGAUUCCUUCAAAUUCUAUAAAGCAAAAUGGCCAAUUCCUGAUUUCAGUGAUGUCUUGGAUUUCAAUGACAAUACCACAAAAGGAAUCGUCGAGUUCGGUCUCGAUGUGGACAGUAUUUAUGAAGCUGUAAUGCCUGGCUUAAAACCAGUCUACUCUUGGAAAUGCUAUGAAAUCACAGAUCGACCUGGUUUAAUUUUCAUUCGAAAUCCAUUCACACCGCAAGGUCAACGUUAUUGGAUGACUCGAUGUGUCCGAGAUUAUCCCAAGCGUCCAAACGUUGUCAAUCUUAAUGCCAAACUAUUCCCACAGACUGUCAUUGAUGAUUGGUGGAGUUGUUAUCAGAAUUGCUCUGAUAAAGAUGAUAAACGACGAAUGAAAGUCGCAAUGAGAUGGACAACGCUGGGAUACCAUCACGACUGGGAUAGUAAACAUUACAGCGAAAGAAUGAAAAAUAAAUUUCCUGAUGAUUUAGCUCAGUUAAGUGAAUACUUUUCGAAAGCUUUGAGAUUAGGGAAAUACUCGGCUGAAGCUGCGAUAGUAAAUUAUUAUCCAAUUGGCACAACUUUGGCUGGACACACUGAUCACUCUGAGUCUGAUUUGGAAGCACCUUUGUUUUCCUUCAGCUUUGGUCAAACAGCAAUCUUUCUAAUUGGAGGAACCACCAAAGAAGAGAAACCCUCAGCAUUAUUCCUUCGUAGUGGCGAUGUCGUUGUUAUGGCGAAACAGAGUCGUCUUUGUUAUCAUGCUGUUCCGAGGGUUAUGAAAGCAAACAUUGAAAAUUGGAAUGAAUUUCCAAUUAAAAGAGAUGUCCCUCUGGAACCACCGAAUCCAAAGAAACUCAAAUGUGACAUUGACCUACCGACAACGGACGAUUGGCAACUUGAUACAAAAUUGUUUGAAAAUUGCGCUGAUGAAAACUUUUGGAGUCCGUUUCGGCAAUUUGUUAAUGAUUCUAGAAUAAAUAUUAAUGUGAGGCAGGUUUUGAAAGAAGGACAGGAGUCUUUGUAAUUUGUUUGUUUGGACUAAAAUAUAAUUUAUUUUUUGUUUUUGA